GGGCUGAAAGCUACGUGCUGCAUAUAUGCCUGGGUGAUGCUGAAGCAGGUUAUGCUGCCUGAGAGGAAGGCUCCUGGGGGCUUUGAAGAACAUUCUGAAGACUGUAUAGGAGACAAUACAUCAAGAAUCUUUUGAGUUCUUCUAGAUCAAAAGCCAGGGGCUCCUGAAUGUAAACACAUUAGUAUGUGUUUUGAGGAGGAAAAUAUAGAGAUUUUUUAAAAACCUACAAUAAAGUAGACAGCGUAGUUAAAAUAAAAAAUUCACCUUGGAAGAUGUCACUGAACAACUCUUCCAAUGCUUUUCUGGAUUCUGGGCCUGGUAAUACCAAUCGCUUUCAAGUCAAUGUCAUAAGUGAGAGCCAUGAGAGCAGUGCGGCUAUGAAUAGCAACGCUGACCCUCCACACUAUGAGGAAACCUCUUUUGGGGAUGAAUCCCAGAACAGAUUCAGAAUCAGCUUUAGACCUGGGAAUCAGGAGUGCUAUGACAAUUUCCUCCAAAAUGGAGAAAUGGCUAAAACAGAUGCCAGUUUUCAUGCUUAUGAUUCUCACACAAACACAUACUACCUACAAACUUUUGGCCACAACACCGUGGACGCUGUCCCCAAGAUCGAGUACUACCGCAACACUGGCAGCAUCAGUGGACCCAAGGUCAACCGACCCAGCCUGCUUGAGAUUCACGAACAACUUGCCAAGAAUGUAGCAGUGGCCCCGGGUUCAGCUGAUGUGGUUGCUAAUGGAGAUGGGAUGCCUGGAGAUGAACGAUCUGAAAACAAGGAAGAAGAAGAUCAAACCGGUGGUGUGAAGUUUGGAUGGGUGAAAGGUGUGCUGGUAAGAUGCAUGCUGAACAUCUGGGGUGUCAUGCUCUUCAUUCGCCUCUCUUGGAUUGUUGGAGAAGCUGGAAUUGGUCUUGGAGUUCUCAUAAUUCUUCUUUCCACCAUGGUAACUUCUAUUACUGGGUUGUCAACUUCUGCAAUAGCAACUAACGGGUUUGUUCGUGGAGGUCUUGGAGUCAUCAUCAUUGGCCUGAGUGUGGUAGUGACAACACUCACAGGUAUUUCUAUGUCUGCUAUUUGCACAAAUGGAGUAGUAAGAGGAGGUGGGGCUUACUACCUUAUUUCCAGAAGCUUAGGGCCCGAGUUUGGUGGGUCUAUAGGCUUGAUCUUUGCCUUUGCCAAUGCAGUGGCUGUUGCUAUGUACGUGGUGGGAUUUGCUGAGACUGUGGUAGAUCUCCUUAAGGAGAGUGAUUCGAUGAUGGUGGAUCCAACCAAUGACAUCCGGAUAAUAGGCUCCAUCACAGUGGUGAUUCUUUUAGGAAUUUCAGUAGCUGGAAUGGAAUGGGAAGCGAAGGCUCAAGUGAUUCUUCUGGUCAUUCUUCUCAUUGCUAUUGCAAACUUCUUCAUUGGAACUGUCAUUCCAUCCAACAGUGAGAAAAAGUCCAGAGGUUUCUUUAAUUAUCAAGCAUCAAUAUUUGCAGAAAACUUUGGGCCAAGUUUCACAAAGGGCGAAGGCUUCUUCUCCGUCUUUGCCAUUUUUUUCCCAGCAGCAACUGGGAUUCUAGCUGGUGCCAAUAUCUCAGGAGAUUUAGAGGAUCCCCAAGACGCCAUCCCCAAAGGGACAAUGCUGGCCAUCUUCAUCACUACUGUUGCCUACAUAGGAGUUGCUAUUUGUGUAGGGGCCUGUGUGGUCAGAGAUGCCACUGGAAGCAUGAAUGACACCAUCAUUUCUGGGAUGAAUUGCAAUGGUUCAGCAGCCUGUGGGUUAGGCUACGAUUUCUCAAGAUGUCGGCAUGAACCAUGUCAAUAUGGGCUGAUGAACAAUUUCCAGGUCAUGAGCAUGGUGUCAGGGUUUGGCCCCCUCAUCACUGCUGGCAUCUUUUCAGCAACACUCUCCUCGGCCCUGGCCUCCCUCGUCAGCGCACCCAAAGUGUUCCAGGCUUUGUGCAAGGACAACAUCUACAAAGCCCUGCAGUUCUUUGCAAAGGGAUAUGGGAAAAACAAUGAACCCUUGAGAGGAUACUUUCUCACUUUUGUUAUAGCCAUGGCGUUCAUUCUUAUUGCGGAACUGAAUACCAUUGCUCCCAUCAUUUCCAACUUUUUCCUCGCCUCAUAUGCACUUAUUAAUUUCUCCUGCUUCCAUGCUUCUUAUGCCAAAUCUCCAGGAUGGAGACCUGCAUAUGGUAUUUACAACAUGUGGGUAUCUCUUUUUGGAGCUAUUUUGUGCUGUGCAGUCAUGUUUGUCAUCAACUGGUGGGCAGCUGUCAUUACCUAUGUCAUUGAGUUCUUCCUCUAUAUCUAUGUGACUUAUAAGAAGCCAGAUGUGAACUGGGGCUCCUCCACGCAGGCUCUUUCCUACGUGAGCGCUUUAGACAAUGCUUUGGAACUAACUACUGUGGAAGACCAUGUGAAAAAUUUCAGGCCCCAGUGCAUUGUCUUAACAGGGGGGCCCAUGUCAAGACCUGCUCUCUUGGAUAUAACUCACGCCUUCACCAAGAACAGUGGCCUUUGCAUCUGCUGUGAAGUCUUUGUGGGACCACGCAAGCUGUGUGUUAAAGAGAUGAACAGUGGCAUGGCAAAAAAGCAGGCCUGGCUUAUAAAGAACAAAAUCAAGGCUUUCUAUGCUGCAGUGGCAGCAGAUUGUUUCAGGGAUGGAGUUAGAAGCCUCCUUCAGGCCUCGGGCUUAGGAAGAAUGAAACCAAACACUCUGGUGAUUGGAUAUAAAAAAAACUGGAGAAAAGCUCCCCUGACAGAGAUUGAAAACUACGUGGGAAUCAUACAUGAUGCAUUUGAUUUUGAGAUUGGUGUUGUCAUAGUCAGAAUCAGCCAAGGAUUUGACAUCUCCCAUGUUCUUCAGGUGCAAGAUGAAUUGGAGAAAUUAGAACAGGAGAGGCUGGCUUUGGAAGCCACUAUCAAAGACAAUGAAUGUGAAGAAGGAAGUGGAGGCAUCCGAGGCUUAUUUAAAAAAGCUGGCAAGCUGAACAUUACUAAGACAACUCCUAAAAAAGACAGCAGUAUUAACACAAUCCAGUCGAUGCAUGUGGGGGAGUUCAACCAGAAACUGGUAGAAGCCAGCACCCAAUUUAAAAAGAAGCAAGGAAAAGGCACAAUUGAUGUUUGGUGGUUGUUUGAUGAUGGAGGGUUAACACUCCUUAUCCCCUAUAUCUUGACUCUCAGAAAAAAAUGGAAAGACUGUAAAUUAAGAAUCUAUGUUGGAGGGAAGAUCAAUCGCAUUGAAGAAGAAAAAAUUGCAAUGGCUUCCCUUCUGAGCAAAUUUAGGAUAAAAUUUGCAGACAUCCAUAUCAUUGGUGACAUCAACAUUAAGCCAAACAAAGAAAGUUGGAAAGUCUUUGAAGAGAUGAUUGAACCAUAUCGUCUCCAUGAAAGCUGCAAAGAUUUAACAACUGCUGAGAAAUUAAAGAGAGAAACUCCGUGGAAAAUUACAGAUGCAGAACUGGAAGCAGUCAAGGAAAAGAGUUACCGCCAAGUUCGACUGAAUGAACUCUUGCAAGAGCACUCAAGAGCUGCCAAUCUCAUAGUUCUGAGCCUUCCAGUGGCAAGAAAAGGAUCUAUAUCAGAUUGGUUGUACAUGGCUUGGUUGGAAAUCCUCACGAAGAACCUCCCUCCCGUCUUACUAGUUAGAGGAAAUCAUAAAAAUGUCCUGACAUUUUAUUCUUAAAAGAUAAAGGAUUAGAAUACAUUUUAACAUAAUGUAAGAAUAA